AUGUUUUCAGAAUAUGCGUCACGGUUCUUAGCACAGUCUCAGUCUAGGCUGUCAGGGUUUGCAGGACAAGGCGAUAAUGACAACCCCCGAUCCAACGACUGGCCACCGUCACGGCCCGGACGAACCCAGCGAGACGGCGGCAGAGGAAGCACGGCAACUCGGUCGUUUUUAGCUAGAGGAUACGGCGGUAAUCCCUAUCAACAAAACGGCAGCGGCUCAAGGUUUGGCAAUCUAGGAUUCGCCUCGCGGAUAUCAGCAGCACAAGAUGCACCACUAUUUCACAGCACACUUGACGAGUUCCGGGAAGAAGAUGACGAGGAGGAGCGAGAACGAGAAGCCGCAGAUUUGUUUGCCUUACAACGGUCACGGAGGGUGGCGGCCGCAGGUAAACUAGCAGAGAGUACCGAAUCGGCCAACAGUCAUGCAUCUAUCGAGGACAGCGCUGGAGAUGUGGACAAUCCAUACCGAGAACGUGCAUUUGGCCGAGGCAUAAGGAGUAGCUGGAACGGGGCCAGAAGCUCGCACCAACCACGUUUGGCUGGCGAUACAUUGUACGAAGAGGCCGAGGAACUUUCGAAAUCGGGCGAGGGGCGCCAACAUCCGGAAACCAGUAGGAACCCGCAGGCCAAGGGCAAAAUGGUUGACGUGGGACUCGAUUCUCAAGAAGAUGGUGACGAAGAUGGGGAUGACGAUCCGCCCGAGUCUCUACUGGGAGGCGAGGAUCCAAAUGACUCUAGCCCCCCGCCUUUCCAACGAUUCAAGUCCCAACCAGAACAGGAACCUUUUAUGCCGAGGCGAACAUCUACGACUGAAUCCGAUCUUAGCAGUAUCCGAAGGAACGAUCCAGAGGAAUAUGAAGUGGCCCAACCAGGCAACUUGUUGACUGAGGGCGAGCUAUUUCGGCAUGACCCAUUCUUUGCUUGGAUCUAUCUCAUCACCUUUGCGGGCAUGAUGUCGACUUUUGUCUUGGUGUGGCUACACACGUCUCCGCAAAAGAGCCCAGUCGGUGACACCAUAUACGCAACGCUGCAGAAGUCGUUUGAUAUGCUGGCAGUGGAUACCGUUGUGUCCAUCUUCGUAUCAUUCAUAUGGCUCGCGGCCCUUCGAUCCUUUGUUCGGCCGCUCGUCAGCGUAAUUUUGAUUGCGGUGCCAGUAAUUAUGCUGUCAUUCUCACUAUACACAUUUAUAUCAUCGUUCAAGGGAAGAACACACGGAACAAGCCUCCAAGACUCCGUAAUGAGGUGGUUCUCGCUCAUCCCUGCGGCAUCGUGCGUGUUGUGGCUAUGGCUGGUUGUAAAGGGUCGCCGGGCCAUCCACCAGGCCAUUGAGAUUUUGCAGUUUUCGUCCAAGAUUCUCGCACAGAACCCGGGCCUCCUCAUCAUUGGCUUUGGGUGUCUGGCGCUGAUUGUCGUUUGGACCUGGGCAUGGCUUGCCAUGUUCACGCGCGUCUUUAUGGGUGGUUACUUCUCCAAGUCGCUGGUGAGAUUCAUCAUUCAAAUGUCGAGCUGGUGGCUCGGGGCUGCCUUUAUCUUCAUGUACAUGUGGACGCUGGCAGUCAUCAAUGCCGUCCAUCGUGCAACCACUGCCGCCACGGUUUCGCAGUGGUAUUUCCACCGCAAUGCUGGCCCUAUCACACCAUCUAGAGAAAUCGUUGCGGCUGCUCUGAGCCACGCUACUACGACAAUCUUUGGCAGCAUCUGCCAGUCUACACUGCUCUCGCUGUUGAUUCGUGCACCCUUACUGUUUCUCCCUAGGCGGAUUGGAGGUGCGAUCACAAACUUGGCAGGAUUCUGGAUUCCGACGCCGAUUGUGGCUCUUACAAACCCCUUGACAGUUACGUACGGCGCAAUUCACUCUCAGAGCCUUGCGGUUUCGGCAAGAGGAUUAGACCAGAUGGAAAUUGUGUCCCCCACGAUACCCACGACAACACUUACACCUCGAGCCCUGCGGCUCCGGGGACAAGCCAACGGACUGCUUCCGUACCGGCUGGCAAAGCUUCUACUGGUGGCGACGAGACUGAUCAUGGCAACGGGGCUCGGUUUUGCAGGCUGGGUCAUUACUGCGAAACAACUCCGUAUCCAGCUCCCCGAGGGUACGGGCAUCCGUGGGUCUGCCUACGCAUACAUUGUCGGCAUCAUGGCCAGUUUUAUUGGGUACUCGGUUAUGGGCGCCAUGGAAGGUAUCCUAAGCGGCAUUGUUGAUGGCGUCCUCAUCUGCUAUGGCAGUGAGAGGCGUAUGGAGAGAGGCCACGGGCGGUAUUGCCUCGAGGCAGCGUAUCUAUUUGGGGAGCGGAGAAUUGAAGAAGACCUGGGAUAUGCUUGA